GCCGGGCGUCACGGGCGGGGAGGCGCGGGCUGGACUUGCUCCAGAGCCCGGGCGGGCGGCAGCUUCUCGGCCGGGAAGUGGGGAGAAGCUGGUGUAUAAUCUAAAUAGCCCAGAGGAGGAUCUCUAGAAGGCAACCCAAGGGCAGCCUUGAGCCCUCCCUUGCCCGCCCUCCCUGGUGGGGGCCAGGAUGCUGAAGAAGCAGUCUGCAGGGCUUGUGCUGUGGGGAGCUAUCCUCUUUGUGGCCUGGAAUGCCCUGUUGCUUCUCUUCUUCUGGACACGCCCAGCACCUGGCCGGCCACACUUAGACAAUUCUCUGGAUGACGACCCUGUCAGCCUUACCCGCGAGGUGAUCCGCCUGGCUCAGGAUGCUGAGGUGGAGUUGGAGCGUCAGCGGGGGCUGUUGCAGGAGAUCAGGGAGCAUCAUGCUCUAUGGAGCCAGCGGUGGAAGGUGCCCACUGUAGCUCCUCCUGCUCAGCCUCGUGUGCCCGUGACCCCGUCGCCAGCUGUGAUCCCCAUCUUAGUCAUUGCCUGUGACUGUAGCACUGUCCGACGUUGCUUGGACAAACUGCUGCAUUAUCGGCCCUCAGCUGAACACUUCCCUAUUAUCGUCAGCCAGGACUGUGGGCACGAGGAAACAGCCCAGGUCAUUGCUUCCUAUGGCAGCGCCAUCACACACAUCCGGCAGCCUGACCUGAGCAACAUUGCUGUGCAGCCUGACCACCGCAAGUUCCAGGGCUACUAUAAGAUUGCCAGGCACUAUCGCUGGGCACUGGGUCAGAUCUUCCAUGAGUUUAAGUUCCCAGCUGCUGUAGUGGUGGAAGAUGAUCUAGAAGUGGCGCCAGACUUCUUUGAGUACUUCCAGGCCACUUACCCACUGCUGAGGAAUGACCCCUCUCUUUGGUGUGUGUCUGCCUGGAAUGACAAUGGCAAGGAGCAGAUGGUAGACUUGAGCAAGCCAGAUCUGCUCUAUCGCACAGACUUUUUUCCUGGCCUGGGCUGGCUGCUGUUGGCUGAACUGUGGGCUGAGCUGGAGCCCAAGUGGCCCAAGGCCUUCUGGGAUGACUGGAUGCGCCGGCCUGAGCAACGAAAGGGGCGAGCCUGUGUGCGUCCUGAGAUCUCAAGAACAAUGACCUUUGGCCGCAAGGGUGUGAGCCAUGGGCAGUUCUUUGACCAGCAUCUCAAGUUCAUCAAGCUGAACCAGCAGUUUGUGCCCUUCACCCAGCUGGACCUGUCAUACCUGCAGCGGGAGGCCUAUGACCGUGAUUUCCUUGCCCGUGUCUAUGGUGCUCCCCAGCUACAGGUGGAAAAAGUGAGGACCAAUGACCGGAAGGAGCUGGGGGAGGUGCGGGUGCAGUAUACAAGUAGGGACAGUUUUAAGGCCUUCGCCAAGGCCCUGGGGGUCAUGGGUGAUCUCAAGUCAGGUGUUCCCCGGGCCGGCUACCGAGGCAUUGUCACCUUCCAUUUCCGGGGCCGUUGCGUCCAUCUGGCGCCCCCACAGACCUGGGAUGAUUAUGAUCCUAGUUGGAAUUAACAGCAUCUGCCUGUCCCUCUGGGGUCUCCUCCUUGCCAUGCCAUGAGCUGUGAUGGGACUGCAGUCCCUGGGCUGCGUCGUCCUGUCUGUAUUGCCCUUUUGGGUCCAUUUAUCUUUUGGUUUUUCCUUUGUGUUUUCUUUUGAGUGGCAUUCAAGUGCACAGAUGUUAAGAUGAAGAUUAUUCUCCCGUUCUCAAGGGAGUCAGAGGAGAAGGGUCAUUCUGAGGUGUGUUGAGAGGUGUUAUUGUACAAGAAACCACUGUGUGGUAGGAGACGUGGGCUUAUUGGGGCCAAGAAUGUCUACAUCCUGAGUUUUCUCCUGUGGUCUCUGCAGACAGGUUGGCAACUUCAGCUUUCUUGAUCAGGCCUCUUCUGUGAUUUGGCUCUUCCAGCCAGGCUGUGAACCUCCUCCUGUCUUUUCUUUUACCACCUUGCACCAAUGUGGGGCUGGGUUAUGGGAAAAGAGGAUUAUUUGUGGCCAAAAUGAAACUAAACAAAGGAGUUUCACUGCAGGGUCAAGGUAGAGUUGAUGGGUGCCAGGGUUUACUGUCUCCUGCCCUUCUCAUCACUGAUCUGCUCUCAGCUCUUGUUUCCCUACAGUCUCGUACUUGAUAGUUCAGAGAUGAAACAUGGAGGAGGAAAAGCAAGAUAUCCCCCUUGGCUCAUGCCCAUUUGUCAGCAGAGAGGUGGUAGGAGCAAAGAGGUGGAUA